GUGUUGCCGAUGCUAUUGUCGAUGUUUGCUAGCCGUUAGCUGGCUCCACACAUUGUCGCCGUAAACAAGCCCGCCUCAGCUGGACGAGCGAACUUAACGGCGUGUUAGCUGCCGUUAGCUCCCCGACACCAACACAGCUUUGACCGAAAACGGGAGAGAUUGGCGUGUUGUGUUCUUGUGUGUAAAUCGGUCCAUCCAGACGACUGAAGUUGGAAAGAGUCGUGGUGACGUUAGAGCUAGCUAAAUGUAGAUGUAACUCUGACAGAGUCGCUGAUCCCGGCCAGGAGCAGAGCAGCAGGCGAAGCAGCUGUUGACACUCGGGAGUCCGGAGGAGGUUCACCUGUGCAGAGGAGGAUCGACAGGACCUCAGAUGGCUGGCUUUCUGGAUAACUUCCGCUGGCCAGAGUGGGAGUGCAUCGACUGGGGGGAGAGGAGGAACGCAGUGGCCUCUGUUGUCGCUGGAGUUCUGUUCUUCACGGGCUGGUGGAUCAUGAUUGACGCGGCGGUGAUGUAUCCACUGCAGGAGCAGAUGAACCACGCCUUCCACACGUGUGGCGUCUUCUCCACCAUAGCCUUCUUCAUGAUCAACGCAGUUUCUAAUGGCCAGGUGAGAGGAGACACGUAUGGAGAGGGCUGCCUCGGCAGGACAGGAGCUCGUCUCUGGCUGUUCGUCGGCUUCAUGAUGAUGUUUGGCUCGCUCAUCGCCUCCAUCUGGAUCCUGUUCGGAGGCUACGUGGUGCCGAACAAAGAAGUGGCCCCCGGGUUGGCGGUCUUCUUUCAGAACGCCUUCAUCUUUUUUAGCACUCUGAUCUACAAGUUCGGCCGGACUGAAGAUUUAUGGGGUUAGAGGGUCUGUCUUACUACUGUCUGUAUCUCUCACACACACACACACACACACACUUGUCUUUCUAUCUUUGUGAGGACCCUCAUUGAAAAGCCCCUCACCUUAACCAUCACAGCUAAAUGACUAACACAAAGCUGAACCCAAACCCAAAAACUGAGGCCGUUCAAUAAUAUCAGCACAUCACGUGUAUCAGCCGGACCCUGAACACUUCUGUCAGUGUGUCAGGCUGAUGAUGCACACACGACAAACGCAAACUGUCGACCAGUUUACUUUGUGUGUGUGCACUUUGAAAAGCGUAGCAGGACAUUAAUGAGGCUACAUAUGUGCAUCGGCGCUCGGCCAAAAUGAGUUCAAAAUAAACCACAAACAGUCUUUUGAAGUAGUUGUGAGCGGCCCAGACGUCCUCUCGGUGCUGGUUUAAAGCAGAACAAGGUCCACACAAAGACGGCAAGACAAGCAGCCGCACGCACACACAGAAAGUUAAGAUUUUCGUUUAGUUCGUAUUCGUUUUAAAUGCUUUUGUAAACGUUCCCACUGUAUCUGUGCUGUUCUCCAGAUAACACUUUUCAAACUGUCUGUACUUGAAAUGAGGGAAAGCAGGACGCGGGUUCACUCAGCUCGAGCGUUAAGGCGUUCAUUUAUUCAGUCGAGUGUAAUCUCACUGCAGUGAACCAGAAAGGGAAAUCAUCAUUUGUGUUGGGACGAGCUAACUUAUUGAUAGGAGAACAAGUAGGCAGUAGUAGGCAGAGGCUGAGGCCCUCCUGCUGUCCUGCUGCCUGUGCUGAAGCUGCUCAUGUCGUAUACUUGUAUGUCAGAAAAGGCCACAUGCACUGGAUUAUCAUGACUUUUAGAUGAGUGUUUCUUUUCAUGGGUCUGACUCGUACCAGGGUCUGUUUCCUGUUGACAGAUUAGUCACUGUCGUUCUGCCUCAGGAUGAAGCAUGUUUUUUAAAUAGUCUGUCUCACCCUCUUGUACUUUGUCCUUGUUCAGCUCGUUUCUGUAAAGUGAGAUGUAAGUAUUCAGUAUACUUUGGAUUUUAUUUUUGGUAGCCAUUUUAACUAUUUAAGUAAGGAGCAAAUGUUGUGUUGAGGUGUCAGUCAGAAAAGCUGCUGUAGCAACAGUAUCAAACAUGGCACACUGACGUGCAGCGGAUCAUUUUUAUUGUCAUGAAAUACUCGUGUACCCUGAAGCUUUGACUUGCAUGGAGUAAAAAUGAGACGUAAAAACCUGAGAAAGUGGGAUUCUGGUUUACAUUUUUAAUCAUUUGUCCGACUUGUCAAGAGCUUAAAAGUGAAAAAUAAAUGUGUUUUAUUGGA